AUGAGUCAAAAAGAACUUCCAAAAAUUGAUCUUUCUCAUGAAGAAAAACCAUGGUAUGAGAAAUCUCCUAUGAUACAAAAUUAUCCUGGCUAUUCCACGCCUCAAGUUCCUUCGUAUGGAGGGUUUUGUGAUCUAAUCAGCAGUCAGAGACGUGGAUCAUUGAAGACAGAAAUGCUACCCCAGCCUCAAAAGGAGCCUAAUGCGACUUCUAAUGACUCAGCAGAAGAUAGUCCACUGCUCCAUAUAAUUCCUCAGAAGAUGCUUGGGUUUUCUUUUUUGUCAAUGUUAGAACAGAAUGAAUCUAAGAAAAAUUAUAACGACGAAGAAUUAUUUCACCCCCCUCUAUAUAUCGAUAUUGACCCAAACACUGUCCCAGAAGCCCAAGAAAGACUUGAGCAAAGUCCAUACUUGUCUGGCGAUGCAGAAAAUCAAUAUGAAGGAUUUGACUCUAACGAGCAAGGAGAUUAUGGAUCGAUCAGAAGAAAUAGCAGAAGAGCUGUCACUGAAGUUUAUGAGAAUCCCAAUGUACAUCUACAAUAUAAGAGAAUAAAGUAUAGAAAAAAUCGAAACUUUGAUCGAGUUAAACAAACUGAAAGUGUGGGUGAUUUUAAGAUGGCUUUUGAAAGAGAAAAAACUGAAACCGGUAAUACAAGUCCUCCAAAAUUUGGCCAGCUUCAUAGAAAUAAUAAUGAAAUAUAA